CAUUGGUAUAAUAGGCUCCUUCUCUUCCACCGCUCCCUAUCUAUCUAUUUCUCUCUCUUCUCUCCAAAUCAUUCUUCGAAGUUGAAAUCUUUCUCAUAUUCUUGGUGGGUAUAGUUUAUCUUCUCCCCGAAGGUAAACUGCAUGUUCGUGAUUGUUACAGUCGUCAAACUUGCGAGCUGCAGUCAUGAGUGGCGACAUUCCUGGGGCUGUUGAACGCCCAUUCAGGCCAAGUCUUGAGAAAAUUGACACAGAUAUACUGGAGGAUGAGAGGAAAAAGAAGCAUGGGUCUUUUAAGAAGGCAGCUAUCAGCGCCUCUUCCAAAUUCAGGCACUCUUUAACCAAAAAGGGACGGCGUAACAGCAGAGUUAUGUCCGUUGUCUUUGAGGACGAGCGUGAUGCUGAGGAGUUGCAAGCUGUGGACGCUUUGCGUCAGGCGCUUAUCUUGGAAGAACUGCUCCCUGCUAAACAUGAUGACUAUCAUAUGCUGCUGAGGUUUUUGAAGGCUAGGAAAUUUGAUAUUGAGAAAACAAAGCAAAUGUGGGCUGACAUGAUUCAGUGGAGGAAAGACUUUGGUUCAGACAACAUCAUGGAGGAGUUUGACUUCAAGGAGAGAGAUGAGGUUGUAAAAUACUAUCCACAAGGGCAUCACGGUGUUGACAAAGAUGGGAGGCCGGUUUACAUUGAGAAGCUCGGUCAAGUUGAUUCAACCAAGCUCCUGCAGGUCACGACCUUGGAUCGCUACCUCAAAUACCAUGUUCAGGAGUUCGAGAGGACCUUCGUUGACAAGUUCCCGGCCUGCUCAAUCGCAGCCAAAAAGCACAUCGAUCAGAGCACAACCAUUUUGGAUGUUCAAGGAGUGGGACUGAAAAGUUUCAAUAAGGCUGCUCGGGAACUCAUUCAAAGCCUUCAAAGCGUUGAUGGUAAUAACUACCCUGAGACCUUGUGCCGCAUGUACAUAAUCAACGCAGGAUCUGGAUUCAGGCUCUUGUGGAAUACCGUUAAAUCAUUCCUUGAUCCAAAGACCACGUCCAAGAUCCAUGUUUUGGGUAACAAAUACCAGAGCAAGCUUCUUGAGAUCAUUGAUGCAAGUGAGCUACCGGAGUUCUUGGGCGGUAAAUGCACCUGUGUAGAUAAGGGUGGUUGCAUGGUUUCUGAUAAGGGCCCUUGGAAUGACCCCGACAUAAUCAAGAUGGUCCGAAACAAUGAGCAUAAAUGGGCAAACAAAAUUGUCCUUUCACCUGUCAAUGAAUCCCCGAGAGCUGAUGAUGAUGAUAUUGCAAAUUCAAAAGUCUCUCUUGCACAUGAAGAAGUGACCAAGCGACCACCAAGUGCGUAUGAGACUGCUAAAGACGAACCCAUGAUUGACAAGCCCGUUACAACUAUUGUGCAAACAAAAGAGAAACAAGUCAACUUCGCUCGUCCUAAAGCUUCAUCCACAGAUUGUUUCCCUGGAAAACUUGAUUCUAAGCCUUCUGAUAGAAUUAGCAACCAUCUCUUGAAUGGAGUAAUGACUAUCGUGAUGGGAGUCGUGACUAUGGUUCGUAUGACACGAACCAUGCCAAGGAGACUCACAGAUGCCACCCUCUACUCUUCCUCCAUGUACAGUGACAGUCACACCAACAACUCGCCUGGGCAAGCCGUCUCAAAUGAGGAUUACUUCAUCAUGAUGAAACGCAUGAACGAGCUAGAGGAAAAAGUGAUCAUCCUAAGCAAAAGGCCAACUAUGCCGCCUGAAAAGGAGGAGAUGCUGAACAAUGCCUUGCAACGUAUCAACAUGCUGGAGCAAGAGCUAUCUAACACUAAAAAGACUUUGGAGGAUACUCUGGUUCAACAACAGGAACUCGUUGCCUUCAUGGAAAAGAAGAAGAAGAAAAAGAAGAGAUUCUUCGCUUUCUAAAGUGCAGAAUUUCAAUAUGCUUUGAUUAUUUUCAGAGAUGGUGAUGUGCUGCAUCAAACACCAUUUCCCAUCAUUCAUAAAAGUUUGUGUUUUUCAGAACCUGUUGAAAUCUUAUGUAAAUUGUAAAUAGCCUUCUUUGCUGUUUGUGUUGGAAUUCUACAAAACCGUUUGUAGGCCGAGAAUUUCAUUGAUGACCCGAGCAUUCUCCGCUCUUGCUUACAGCACGAUGGGGGGCCACAAGGAAAUUGAAAAUUUCCAAGAUCUCAUGCAUCCUACCAAGAAUAUAUAUUGAAAGAUUUUCAUCUUCAAAUUUUAUAUAUUUGCUACAUUUAUUUUUUUAAUAUUGUUAUGAAAGUCCUCCGGACAUUACUUGCUA